AUCCACUUUCAUCUUAGACCUUAGUCGUCAGUUAAGAGUUUUUAAAUAUAAAAAUAAAGGGCUUUUAUUAAGUAUAUGCUCAUAAAGAUUCAAGAUAUGAUUCUUAAGUUAAAUGUCUAAUAAAAUUUUCUUUUUUUACAGAUACCUACAUAUUUCGACAUGGUUGUAAUUAAGAUUUUCGCGAUAACUCUCAGUCUCCUCUCGAUGGUCACCAGCGAGCCACCCGUGGGCUACCACUACCAACCGAAUUACAGUCCCAACGUGAUCCCACCACUCACCAAUACUUAUUUACCACCUAAGACGGGAUUCGGUUUACCAAACAGUUAUUUACCGCCUAACUCGUUCACCGGGAAUGGUAACUAUGACCACGGCGGACAAAAUGAUCACCACAAGGACCACGACAGCGAGCCCAAGUCUUACGAGUUCGGUUACUCAGUGAAGGAUGCGAAGUCUGGAAACGAUUAUGACAGAAAGGAGACUUCCGACGGCCAUGUUGUGAGGGGAGAGUAUAGGGUCCAGCUACCCGACGGACGGGUACAGAUUGUUACAUACCACGCUGAUUGGAAGACUGGCUUCCACGCGGAUGUCAGGUACGAGGGCCAAGCAAGAUAUCCAGAGCCAUCAAAUCAGGGUUACAACUACAAUGUACCGGAUUUUACCGGUUCGUUAACCGGUUUCCAUGGCAACCACCAGUACCAACCGACCACGUCAUAUGGACCCCCCGCUUACCACUAACUCACCGCCUACAGAGCUCAAUAAACAUCGGUCAGACUGUCAGUGUACCUUUGAGUAUUAUUAGGAAUGUUUUAUAAGAAUAAAAUACUUUGUACUUAAA